GCACGUGAUGGCGGUUUCGUGCUCGUAGUCUCUAUAUGGUCUCGUAUCUGAUGCUCGAUUACGAAAGUUGGACGACUACAGAAACAAGACGCAAGAAAACACGCCAAAACUAGCAACCUUCACCAUGCGUCUCAUCAUUCGGGAAGAUGCCGAUACAGCCGCCGAAUAUAUCGCUGAAUACAUCAUCGAGCGCAUCAACACCUUUGCACCUACAACGGAGAGACCAUUCAUUCUUGGCCUACCAACGGGAAGCAGUCCGGUCCCCAUCUACAGGUCGCUGGUCACCGCGUACCAGAUGGGGCGCAUCUCAUUUCGUCAUGUUAUAACGUUCAACAUGGACGAAUACGUCGGCCUCCCACGGGACCACCCAGAAUCUUAUUACACUUUUAUGCAUACGAAUCUCUUCAACCACGUCGACAUCGAUCCGGACAAUAUCAACAUCCUCAAUGGUAACGCACCGGAUCUACAGGAAGAAUGCACUAUGUACGAGGCCAAGAUCCAGAAGUAUGGUGGCAUUCACUUGUUUCUGGGUGGCGUGGGAAGUGACGGGCAUAUUGCCUUCAACGAGCCCGGGUCGAGCCUCUCCAGUCGCACUAGGCUAAAAUCUCUGGCAUAUGAAACGAUGCUGGCGAAUGCUCGAUUCUUCAACGGAGACAUGGGCCUGGUGCCUCGCAUGGCUCUGACCGUAGGCGUACAGACAAUCAUGAACGCAAAAGAGGUCGUCAUCAUUGCUACAGGGGCGUCCAAGGCACUUGCCAUUCAGUCCGCGAUCGAGGGAGGUGUGAAUCACAUGUGCACCUUGUCCUGUCUACAGCUUCACCCGUGCAGCUUGGUUGUCGUCGACCAGGACGCUACGAUGGAAUUGAAAGUCAAAACCGUGGCUUAUUUCAGGGGCGUGGAACGCACAAUUCAGAAGAGCGCGAAGACACGACGUCCAUUAGUACAGACAAACGGCAUCCACGCCGAGCCGGUCGAAGCAGAAACAGAUGAGCUGAGCCCCGACAGCAUGUCAUCUCGUAUUCAGAUUCCUCAAUCCUUUCCUGUUCGGUCCGCGACCAUAUCUUAUGGUUCGACUUGA